CCUCGAACUCAUUACUUGUCUCCUCUGUAAGCAUGAACAGGAAUGAAUAGUACACUGUACAGAAGAAGCGUUGCGUGAGAACACAUUCUGUACAUGAUACGGACAGUUCCAAUCUGCAGGCGCUUCCUCAGCUCUAGAACAGCCAAUGUUUUAACCCAACAAUGAAAAUGUACCGCACAAUGCCCAUGCUGGCUGUCUUUGGUCUGAUCCUUUCAUUCUUCAUCAUUGAUUCCCUUCAGCAAGCCAAGAAGAGAGAUAUCGUUUUCCUAAUCGAUGGCUCUCCUGGGAUGGGGAGAUCAUUUCUUCAUGUUCGUGAGUUUCUCAGUAACAUAAUCCAGGAGCUCGAUAUCGGACCUGACAGAGAUCAAGUGGCUGUGGUACAAUACAGUUCCGGCCCAAGACUUGAAUUUGCCCUCAACACUCAUUCAUCAAAAAGUGAGAUUUUGAUUGCAAUUAAAAAGCUGAGACUGAAAACAGGGAGACCCCUCAACACCGGUGCUGCCCUGGACUAUGUCACAAGGAAUGUCUUCAGUCCAUCCGCAGGGAGCAGAGGCAUUGCUGGAGCUUCACAAAUCCUGGUGCUCAUCACUGCUGGGAAAUCCAAAGAUGAUUUUAGACAGGCUGCAGAUACAAUGAAACAGGCUGGUAUCGUGCCCAUUGCUAUUGGAGCCAAGCAUGCAGAUGCAGCAGAACUACAAGAGAUAGUGUCUAAUCCUGACUCUGCUUUGAAACUGGGAGAGUUUGAUGAAUUGAAAACUAUUCAGACAGAGUUUUUGUCUAAAAUCAAAGCAGUGUUUGUGGUUGAUGAACCAACCCCCUCUGUUGAAGUUUCUGCAUCAGUGAAGAGAGACAUUGUCUUCCUAAUUGAUGGCUCUCCUGGGAUGGGACGAUCAUUUGUUCAAGUCCGUGAGUUUCUCAGUAAUGUAAUCCAGGAGCUCGAUAUCGGACCUGACAAAGAUCAAGUGGCUGUGGUACAAUACAGUUCCGGCCCAAGACUUGAAUUUGCCCUCAACACUCAUUCAACUACAGAUGCAAUUUUAGAUAGAAUUAAAAAGCUGAGACUGAAAACAGGGAGACCCCUCAACACCGGUGCUGCACUGGACUAUGUCACAAGGAAUGUCUUCAGUCCAUCCGCAGGGAGCAGAGGCCUUGCUGGAGCUUCACAAAUCCUGGUGCUCAUCACUGCUGGGAAAUCGAAAGAUGAUGUUGGACAGGCAGCAGAUGCAAUGAAACAGGCUGGUAUCGUGUCCAUUGCUAUUGGAGCCAAGUAUGCCGAUACAACGGAACUACAACAGAUAGUGUCUAAUCCUGACUCUGUUUUGAAACUGGGGGACUUCCAAGAAUUACAAACCAUUCAGGAAGAGCUCCUAACUAAAGUUACAGCAGUGUCUGUGAUAGAGGAACCAAUCCCUCCUACCGAAGUUCCAGUCGUCCGAAGGGAAAUGAGUGAGAGAGACGUUGUCUUCCUUAUCGAUGGAUCAGACAAUGUUGGAAACACCAAUUUACCUUACGUCAAGGACUUCAUCACAAGAAUAAUUCGGAACUUGGAUGUUGGACGUGACAGGGUGCGAGUAGGUCUGGCACAGUACAGUGACGACACCGAAGCUGAAUUCUAUCUAAACACGUACACUUCAGAAGCUGACCUUCUGUCUCAUAUCAGAAGCCUUAUAUUGAGAGGAGGAACAACGGUCAACACUGGUUCAGCAUUGGAUUUUGCCACUAAAUAUUUUUUUUCCAGGGCUGCAGGAAGUCGAAUAAAAGAAAACAUCCCUCAGUUUUUGAUACUUGUUACUAGUGGAAGGUCCGAUGAUGAUGUGGAAGCACCAUCAGAUGCAUUGAAACGAGCUGCAGUAAUGACCUUUGCUGUUGGAGUCAGGCACACAGACCCAGCCCAGUUAGAAGAGAUGGCAAUUGACCCAAGUUUGAUCUUCAGCGCAAAUGAUUUCCACUCUCUGCCAGACUUACUGAAUCAGAUGAUAAUACCACUGACCACAUUGACAGUUCCAACAAUAAUAAUUGAAGAACCAACAAUAAAACCUGAGGAGGAACCUGUUUCUAUUGUCAAAGCUUCACCAAUCAUGAAGAGAGAUAUCGUUUUCCUAAUCGAUGGCUCUCCUGGGAUGGGGAGAUCACUUGUUCAUGUUCGUGAGUUUCUCAGUAACAUAAUCCAGGAGCUCGAUAUCGGACCUGACAGAGAUCAGGUUGCUGUGGUACAAUACAGUUCCGGCCCAAGACUUGAAUUUGGCCUCAAUACUCAUUCAUCAAAAAAUGCGAUUUUGGAUGUAGUAAAAAAGCUGAGACUGAAAACAGGGCGACCCCUCAAUACCGGUGCUGCCCUGGACUAUGUCACAAGGAAUGUCUUCAGUCCAUCCGCAGGGAGCAGAGGAGAUGCUGGAGCUUCACAAAUCCUGGUGCUCAUCACUGCUGGGAAAUCCAAAGAUGAUUUUAGACAGGCUGCAGAUACAAUGAAACAGGCUGGUAUCGUGCCCAUUGCUAUUGGAGCCAAGCAUGCAGAUGCAGCAGAACUACAAGAGAUAGUGUCUAAUCCUGACUCUGCUUUGAAACUGGGAGAGUUUGAUGAAUUGAAAACUAUUCAACAAGAGUUAUUGUCUAAAGUUAGAGCAACAUUUGUGGUUGAUGAGCCAGCUCCUCCAACUGAAGUUCCAGUUGUACGAAGGGAAAUGAGUGAGAGAGAUGUUGUCUUCCUUAUCGAUGGAUCAGACAAUGUUGGAAACACCAAUUUACCUUACGUCAAGGACUUCAUCACAAGAAUAAUUCGAAACUUGGACAUUGGAAGUGACAGGGUGCGAGUAGGUCUGGCACAGUACAGUGACGACACCGAAGCUGAAUUCUAUCUAAACACAUACCCUUCGGAAGCUGACCUUCUGUCUCAUAUCAGAAGCUUCACAUUGAGAGGGGGGGCAACGGUCAACACUGGUUCAGCAUUGGAUUUUGCCAGUAAAUACUAUUUCACUAGUUCUGCAGGAAGUCGAAUAAAAGAAAACAUCCCUCAGUUUUUGAUACUUGUUACUAGUGGAAGAUCGGAUGAUGAUGUGGAAGCACCAUCAGAUGCAUUGAAACGAGCUGCAGUAAUGACCUUUGCUGUUGGAGUCAGGCACACAGAUCCAGCCCAGUUAGAAGAGAUGGCAAUUGACCCAAGUUUGAUCUUCAGUGUAAAUGAUUUCCACUCUCUGCCAGACUUACUGAAUCAGAUGAUAAUACCACUGACCACAUUGGCAGUUCCAACAAUAAUAAUUGAAGAACAAACAAUAAAACCUGAGGAGGAACCCAUUCCUACUACAGAAGUUCCUGCAGUCAGAAAGAGAGAUAUCGUCUUCCUAAUCGAUGGCUCUCCUGGGAUGGGAAGAUCAUUUGUUCAAGUCCGUGAGUUUCUCAGUAACAUAAUCCAGGAGCUCGAUAUCGGACCUGACAGAGAUCAAGUGGCUGUGGUACAAUACAGUUCCGGCCCAAGACUUGAAUUUGCCCUCAACACUCAUUCAACUAAAAAUGCAGUUUUAGAUAUAAUUAAAAAGCUGAGACUGAAAAGAGGGAGACCCCUCAACACCGGUGCUGCACUAGACUAUGUCACGAGGAAUGUCUUCAGUCCAUCUGCAGGGAGCAGAGGCCUUGCUGGAGCUUCACAAAUCCUGGUGCUCAUCACUGCUGGGAAAUCCAAAGAUGAUGUUGGACAGGCAGCAGAUGCAAUGAAACAGGCUGGUAUCAUGUCCAUUGCUAUUGGUGCCAAGUAUGCCGAUACAACAGAACUGCAACAGAUAGUGUCUCAUCCUGACUCUGCUUUCAGACUGGGAGACUUCAAAGAGUUGGAAACCAUUCAACAAGGGUUAUUCUCUAAAGUUGGAGUUGUGUCUGUGAUUGAGGAACCAAUCCCUCCUGCUGAGAAGGAACCAAUCCCUCCUAUUGAGGAGGAACCAAUCCCUCCUAUUGAGGAGGAACCAAUCCCUCCUACUGAGGAGGAACCAAUCCCUCCUACUGAAGAGGAACCAAUCCCUCCUACUCAAGUUGUGCCACAAGAAGUGAACAGGAGAGACAUUGUCUUCCUUAUCGAUGGAUCAAUGUAUGUUGGAAAUAUUAAUUUUAUUAAUAUCCGUGAAUUCAUCACAAGAUUAAUAGGCACCUUGGACAUUGGAAGUGACACAGUGCAAGUAGCUGUGGUGCAGUACAGUGAUGAUGUGAAAACGGAAUCCUACCUAAACAGCUACUCAUCGAAAGCUGAUCUCUUGUCUCAUGUGAAAGGGCUAAGUGCGAAAGGUGGUCGAGUGGUUAACACUGGGGCAGCACUGGACUAUGUCCUUAAAAACCACUUCACAAAAUCUGCAGGAAGUAGGAAAGAGCAGGGUGUUCCUCAGAUUUUGAUGUUGUUCACUGGUGCUAAGUCCAGAGAUGAUAUCAAACCAUCGGCAGAUGCCCUGAAGCGAGCUGCUGUACAGACCUUCACUGUAGGAGCCAAGAGAGCAAACCCAGCACAGUUAAAAGAAAUUUCGAGUGACCCCAACUUGGCCUUCAAUUUAAAGGAAUUUCGCUCUCUAUCAGACAUACAGAGUCAGGUGCUGACACAAUUAUCUACACUGCCGGCCUUACCACAAACUACUGAAAAGCCAAUGGUCACCAUUAAUGAAGUAAAGCCAAAAUUAGCGAGCAAACGAGACAUUGUUUUCCUUAUUGAUGGAUCAGACUAUGUUGGGAAUGCAGAUUUUACUUUCGUACGUGACUUUCUCUCAAGUAUCAUUGGAAACCUCGAUAUUGGAAGAGACAGAGUGCGAGUCGGUCUGGUACAGUUCAGUAAUUACGCAGAAACUGAAUUCUAUCUGAACACUUAUUCUUCUGAAGAUGAAAUUCUGCCUCAUGUGAAAGGACUCCGAUUGAGAGGUGGGACGCCAUUAAACACUGGAGCAGCACUCGACUAUGUUUAUAGAAAUCACUUCAUCAGAUCUUCAGGAAGUAGGAAAGAGGAAGGGGUUCCUCAGUUACUGGUGCUCAUCACUGCUGGGAGAUCCAGAGAUUAUAUCAAACAAUCUGUGGAUGCACUGAAACGAGCUGAAGUAACAAUGUUUGCUGUUGGAACCAGGAAUGCAGACUCAGCACAACUCAGAGAGAUUGCAAGUGACCCUAGUUUGCUUCUCAGUGUUGAAGAAUUCCGCUCUCUGCCUCAUACACAGGAGCAGCUGAUGAUUUCAAUGUCAAAUCCACCUGCAGCACCAGAAUCGACAGACCGCCCAAGUGUUCCCGUAAACCCAGAAAAGAUAAGCAAACAAGACAUUGUGUUCCUCAUCGAUGGGUCAGACUAUGUUGGGAACAGAGAUUUUCCUUUUGUACGUGACUUUCUCUCAAGUAUCAUCGAAAACCUCGAUAUUGGAAGAGACAGAGUGCGAGUCGGUCUGGUACAGUUCAGUAAUUACGCAGAAACUGAAUUCUAUCUGAACACUUAUUCUUCUGAAGAUGAAAUUCUGCCUCAUGUGCAAGGACUCCGAAUGAGAGGUGGGACGCCAUUAAACACUGGAGCAGCACUCGACUAUGUUUAUAGAAAUCACUUCACCAGAUCUUCAGGAAGUAGGAAAGAGGAAGGGGUUCCUCAGUUACUAGUGCUCAUCACUGCUGGGAGAUCCAGAGAUUAUAUCAAACAAUCUGUGGAUGCACUGAAACGAGCUGAAGUAACAAUGUUUGCUGUUGGAACCAGGAAUGCAGACUCAGCACAACUCAGAGAGAUUGCAAGUGACCCUAGUUUGCUUCUCAGUGUUGACGAAUUCCGUUCUCUGCCUCAUGCACAGGAACAGCUGAUGAUUUCAAUGUCAAACCCACCUGCACCACCAGAAUCGACAGAACGCUCAAGUGUUCCCAUAAACCCAGGUGUGCCAGAUGGAGGAAGCAAGAGAGACAUUGUGUUCCUCAUCGAUGGGUCAGACUAUGUUGGAAACAAUGAUUUUCCUUUUGUACGUGACUUUCUCUCAAGUAUCAUUGAAAACCUCGAUAUUGGAAAUGACAGAGUGCGAGUCGGUCUGGUACAGUUCAGUAAUUACGCAGAAACUGAAUUCUAUCUGAACACUUAUUCUUCUGAAGAUGAAAUUCUGCCUCAUGUGAAAGGACUCCGAUUGAGAGGUGGGACGCCAUUAAACACUGGAGCAGCACUCGACUAUGUUUAUAGAAAUCACUUCACCAGAUCUUCAGGAAGUAGGAAAGAGGAAGGGGUUCCUCAGUUACUGGUGCUCAUCACUGCUGGGAGAUCCAGAGAUUAUAUCAAACAAUCUGUGGAUGCACUGAAACGAGCUGAAGUAACAAUGUUUGCUGUUGGAACCAGAAAUGCAGACUCAGCACAACUCAGAGAGAUUGCAAGUGACCCCAGUUUGCUUCUCAGUGUUGACGAAUUCCGCUCUCUCCCUCAUGCACAGGAACAGCUGAUGAUUUCAAUGUCAAACCCACCUUCAGCCCGAGAAUUGACAGACCGCCUAAGUGUUCCCAUAAACCCAGGUGUGCCAGACGGAGGAAGCAAGAGAGACAUUGUGUUCCUUAUCGAUGGAUCUGACAAUGUCGGGAAAAGAAAUGUUCCCUUUGUCCAUGAUUUUCUCACAAGUAUUAUAGGAAAUCUCGAUAUUGACAGUGACAAAGUGCAAGUUGGACUGGUACAGUACAGCAAUUUUGCAGAAACUGAAUUCUAUUUGAACACUUAUUCUUCUGAAGAUGAAAUUCUUUCCCAUGUGGAAGGACUAAGACUGAGAGGUAGGAAUACUCUUAAUACUGGAGCAGCACUGGAUUAUGUCCUUAGAAAUCACUUUACCAGAUCUUCAGGAAGUAGAAAAGAGGAAGGUGUUCCUCAGUUAUUGGUGCUCAUCACUGCUGGAAGAUCCAGUGAUGAUUUUAAACUACCUGCGGAUGCAUUGAAGCAAGCUGCAGUCAUAAUCUUUGCCAUAGGAACCAAAGAUGCAGACCCAGCACAAUUGAAAGAAAUUGCAAUUGACCCUAGUUUGGUCUUCAGCAUUCAAGAAUUCAGCUCUCUGCCAAAUAUACAGGAGCAAUUAAUGACGCCAUUAUCAACUCUGGCUGCCUCAAGAGUACCAACUCAAAGACCAACUGUUGCUGUUACACAAGUUGCUUCUGAAGAAGGAAUGAAGAGAGAUAUUGUGUUCCUUAUCGAUGGAUCAGAUAAUGUUGGAAACACACAUUUCGCUCUUGUCCGUGAUUUUCUCAUAAAUAUAAUAGAGAAUCUCGAUGUUGGACUUGACAGAGUUCAAGUAGGUCUGAUACAGUACAGCACAUACGCAGAUACUGAGUUCUACUUGAACACCUACUUAUCCAAGGCUGAUAUUCUGUCUCAUGUGAGAAGACUGAGGCUGAAAGGUGGGGCCAGACGGAAUACCGGUGCAGCCAUGGAUCAUGCCUAUCGAUACCAUUUCAUCAACUCUGCAGGAAGUAGGAAAAGCAAUGGUGUUGCUCAGUUUUUGGUGCUCAUCACUGGUGGAACAUCUAGCGAUGAUGUUAAUCGUGCUGCUGCUGCAUUGAAACGAGCUGCUAUAAUGAGUUUUGCAGUCGGAGUCAAGAAUGCAGCUUUAGCAGAGCUGAAUGAGAUUGCCAUUGAUCCCAGUUUAGUCUUCAGUGUAAGUGAAUUCCGUUCUUUACCAAAUAUACAAGAGGACGUGACAACACUAUUGUCAACUCUGCCUUCUCCACGGGUAAUACCUGAAGAGCCAACUGUUGUCAUUGAACCAGUUGUACCAGAAGGAGGAAUUAAGAGAGACAUUGUGUUCCUCGUUGAUGCAUCAGACAAUGUUGGAAGGACACAUUUUCCUUUAGUCCGUGACUUUCUGUCGAGUAUAUUGGAACACCUCGAUAUUGGAAGUGACAGAGUGAGAAUCGGUCUGGCACAGUAUAGUAAUUACGCAGAAACAGAAUUCUAUCUGAACACGUAUUCUUCUGAAGAUGAAAUUCUAACGCAUGUGAAAGGACUAAGACUAAGAGGUGGGAGGACCCUUAACACAGGAGCAGCAUUGGACUCUGUCCUCCGCUAUCAUUUCACUAGAUCUGCAGGAAGUAGGAAAGAUGAAGGUGUUCCUCAGGUAUUGGUACUCAUCACUAGUGGAAGCUCUGGAGAUGAUGUUAAACCACCUGCAGAUAAAAUGAAGCAAGAUGCUUUGGUAACCUUUGUUAUAGGAGCCAAGAAUGCUAACCCAGCCCAGAUGAAAGAAAUUGCAAGUAACCCAGGUCUGGUCUUCAGCGUACAGGAAUUCCAAUCCCUACCAGACAUAAAGGAACAAGUGACAUCCUCAUUACUGACAUUGGCUGCUCCACCAGUAACUCAGGACAAGACAAAAGUAAUUGCUGAAAGAGUAACGGAUACUGUUGCAGAAGUUACACCCGAAGCUGAGAACAAGAAAGAUAUUGUGUUUCUGAUUGAUGAAUCCGAUAAUAUUGGGAAUUCAAAUCUACCAUAUGUGCGUGACUUUAUCAUAAGAAUAAUUGAGAACCUGGACAUUGGACGUGACAGAGUGCAAGCUGGGUUGGUACUGUACAGUAAUAAUCCUGAAACUGAGUUUUACCUUAACACUUACACAAGAAAGGAUGAACUGCUGUCUCUACUGAGAAUGCUCAGAUUUAAAGGUGCCAGGACAGCCAACACUGGCAAAGCAUUGGACUUUGUCCUCAAAUACCACUUUACCAAGUCUUCAGGCAGCAGGAAAGAGGAGGGUGUUCCUCAGUUUUUAGUGCUGAUCACUGGUGGGAAGUCUGGGGAUGAUAUCAAAGCAUCUGCAACUGCAUUGAAACAAGCUGCUAUAAUGACCUUUGCCAUUGGAGUCAGAAAUACGGACACAGCUCAACUAAAAGAAAUGGCAUUUGAACCCAGUUUGGUUUACAAUCUAAGGGAUUUCUAUUCACUAUCAGACGUGGAAGAAAAAAUAUUGCCCCAACUACAAAGGCUGCGUGUUCCACAAAUAAUUAUCGAUGAGCUAAAAGUAGACAUUCGACAACCAACUGUUACACCUACAGAAGUUCCUGCAGUCAGAAAAAGAGAUAUCGUCUUCCUAAUUGCUGGAUCGUCUGGGAUGGGAAGAUCAUUUGUUCAAGUCCGAGAGUUUCUGAAGAAAAUAAUCCAGGAGCUCAAUAUUGGACCUGAGAAAGAUCAAGUGGCUGUGGUACAAUACAGUUUUGACCCAAAACUUGAAUUUGACCUCACCACUCAUUCAACUAGAGAUACAGUUUCAGAUGCAAUUAAAAAGCUGAGAUUGAAACCAGGGAGACCCCUCAAUACCGGUGCUGCCCUGGACUAUGUCACAAGGAAUGUCUUCAGUCCAUCUGCAGGGAGCAGAGGAGCUGAUGGAGCUUCACAAAUCCUGGUGCUCAUCACUGUUGAGAAAUCCAGCGAUGAUGUUGGACAGGCAGCGGAUGCAAUGAAAAAGGCUGGUAUCGUGCCCAUUGCUAUUGGAGCCAAGAAUGCAGAUACAGCAGAACUUCAACAGAUAGUGUCUAAUCCUGACUCUGCUUUCAGACUGGGAGACUUCCAAGAAUUGCCAACUAUUCAACAAGAGUUAUUGUCUAAAGUUAGAGCAGUGUUUGUGGUUGUGGAACCAACAGUUCCCACUGAAGUUGUACGAAGGGAAAUGAGUGAGAGAGAUGUUGUCUUCCUGAUCGAUGGAUCAGACAAUGUUGGAAACACCAAUUUACCUUACGUCAAGAACUUCAUCACAAGAAUAAUUCAGAACUUGGACAUUGGAAGUGACAGGGUGCGAGUAGGUCUGGCACAGUACAGUGACGACACCGAAGCUGAAUUCUAUCUAAACACAUACUCUUCGGAAGCUGACCUUCUGUCUCAUAUCAGAAGCUUCACAUUGAGAGGGGGGGCAACGGUCAACACUGGUUCAGCAUUGGAUUUUGCCAGUAAAUACUAUUUCACUAGUUCUGCAGGAAGUCGAAUAAAAGAAAACAUCCCUCAGUUUUUGAUACUUGUUACUAGUGGAAGAUCGGAUGAUGAUGUGGAAGCACCAUCAGAUGCAUUGAAACGAGCUGCAGUAAUGACCUUUGCUGUUGGAGUCAGGCACACAGACCCAGCCCAGUUAGAAGAGAUGGCAAUUGACCCAAGUUUGAUCUUCAGUGUAAAUGAUUUCCACUCUCUGCCAGGCUUACUGAAUCAGAUGAUAAUACCACUGACCACAUUGGCAGUUCCAACUGUUAUCGAAGAACCAAUAACUAUUGAAGACAAAGUGGUUACAACAGAAGCCAGGAAGAGAGAUAUUGUCUUCCUAAUUGAUGGGUCUCCUGGAGUGGGAAGAUCCUUUCCUCUAGUCCGUGAUUUUGUUAAGAAAGUAGUUCAGGAGCUUGAAAUUGGACCUGACAAAGACCAAGUUGCUGUGGUACAAUACAGUUCUGACUCAAGAGUUGAAUUUGGCCUCAAUACUCAUUCCACCAAAGAUGAGGUAUUCAAUGCAGUACAAAAGCUGAGACUGAAAACAGGGAGACCUCUCAACACCGGUGCUGCAUUGAACUAUGUCACAAGGAAUGUCUUCAGUCCAUCCGCAGGGAGCAGAGGCAUUGCUGAAGCUACGCAAAUCCUGGUGCUCAUCACCGCUGGGAAAUCCAAAGAUGAUGUUGGACAGGCAGCAGAUGCAAUGAAGCAGGCUGGUAUCGUGCCAAUUGCUAUUGGAGCCAAGAUGGCCAACACAGCAGAGCUUCAUAAGAUCGUUUAUGAACCGAAUUUUGUUUUGAAACUGGGAGAUUUCAAGGAAUUACAAAGUAUUCAAAAGGAGCUGGUAGCUAAAGUUAAAACCGUUUUCAUAAUUGAGGAAAUAACUACUGUUAAUACUGAAGUCUCACCUGAAGAAGUGAACAAGAGAGAUAUUGUGUUCCUUAUUGACGGAUCAGAGAAUGUUGGAAACACAAAUUUACAUCUUGUCCAUGAUUUCAUCAGAAAUACAAUUGAGAAUCUAAAUAUUGGCAGUGACCGAGUGCGAGUGGGUCUAGCACAGUUCAGUCACAAUGCAGAAACUGAAUUCUAUCUUAACACCUACUCAUCAAAAGCUGACAUUCUGCGUCAUGUCAAAGGACUCCAGUUAAAAGGUGGCACAAUGCUCAAUACUGGCACAGCACUGGACUUUGUCUUUAGGAACCACUUCACUAGUCGUGCUGGAAGCAGAAAAGAGCAAGGGGUUCCUCAAUUUCUGGUGUUGUUCACUGGUGGUACAUCAAUGGAUGCUGUUAAACCAUAUGCAGAUAAACUAAAGCAAGCUGCCGUAACGACGUUUGCCGUUGGAGUACGACACGCAGAUUCAGCUGAGUUACAAGAAAUUGCAACUGACCCCAAUUUAGUUUUCAGUGUCAAGGAAUUCCAAAAUCUACCCCAUGUACAGGAAAGGGUGAUGACACCAUUGUCGAUACUAACUGCUCCAACAGUAACAACUAAAGAGUCAAAUGUAAUUGCUGGCGAAUCAGUGGUUACGAGUGAAGAAGCUCCUGCAGCCAGGCAAACAGAUAUUGUCUUCCUUAUUGAUGGCACACUUGGAAUGGGUAAAGCAUUUCCCCUAGUUCGUGCAUUUCUGCUUAAAGUAAUCCAGGAACUCGACAUUGGCCCUGACAAAGAUCAAGUUGCUAUGGUGCAAUAUAGUCAUGACUCAAAAACUGAAUUUGGACUUAAUACUUACGCAAGUAAAGAUGAAAUAUUGGCUGCAACAACAAUGGUCAGACGGAAAACAGGAAGAGUCCUCAACACUGGCGCAGCACUGAACUAUGUUACAGGAAAUGUCUUUAUCGCAUCUGCUGGGAGCAGAAAAGAUAUGGGAGCUACACAGAUUCUGGUGCUGAUCACUGCUGGCAAGUCCAGGGAUGAUGUUGGACAGGCAGCACAUGCUUUAAAGAGAGCUGGUAUAGUGCCCAUUGUUAUUGGAGCCAAGGCUGUCCAUUCUGCAGAGCUACAACAGAUAGUUUAUUCUCCUGAUUUCAUCUUUAUACAAAAUACCUUUCAGACUAUAGCACAAAUCCAACAACAGUUGAUAUCGAUACUGAAAUCAGUUUCUCUUGAACCACUUGACGAUCAGCCUCAAUGAAUGAUAUAAUUGUUGUGCUUAUGGAUUUUUGUAUAGCACUAUUCAAGUUGCUCUCCAUAGAUUAAAACUACAGAACAAUAAGAAAGAACAAUGGUCAUGAAUAAAUCACUGCAAUCAGAGCAACAUGAAGACUGACUAUCUUUGGAAGCCAUCCUUUGGACAAUAACUUUCUGAUUUAUCUUAGUGUGUUCAACUAUCAGUGUAAAAUUAUAUCUAUAUAUCUGGCAUAUUUUAUAAAAUUAUUUACAAAUUAUAGUCAACAGAAUUAUCUGGGAUAAACAUGAGCAGAAUAUAAAGGAACUAGACAGCACUGUUUACUCAAUUGCAUUGCUCACACUCCAGCACCUUUUAGCAGUUUGAGAGAUUAUGGUUGAACAGGACCAGGGCAUGAUUGAAUGUUAAGUUAUCUCUAUCAUGAGCAAUUUUUUUUUGUUACACUCAUUUUUUGUUUUGUUUGGGUUGCAUAUAUACACCAACUCUGAUCAGCUACUGCUUAGUAUGUAUGUAUAUUUCCAAAUCCAAUUUUCUCAGCUAUCUGUCUACUCAAGAAAUGAUCAGAAUUUCUUGUUCCCACCAAAUUAUCUCUUUCUAACUGCAUGGCUGCCAAAGUUCCAUCAAAAUUUGAAAGUAGCUCUCACAAACCAACCUGGGUUUAAAUCCUCUAUAUUCCAUCAGGAAUUUCUAAAGUAACAAAUAAAAGUUGAUUUUAAAAUGGAA